CGGAAAAAACAAAUUAAUUAAUUAAUUAAACCCAAAGCCUGGCGUAUCAGAAAUACGCAUCUACGAAUGCUGUGAGCAUUUCAAUCCGCAGCCCACACAGGCGCCAGGUGCACGGCCACCACUAGCCACGCGACCGGGAGCUGCCACGAGGAAGACGACGACCCCCCGGUGGCAGACGGCACGCCUCACGGAAGGCGACGCGCUUCCCCCGGCCGCUCCCCUUCCUUCCCCGGCCGCCUCAGCGCCGCCCCUUCCCCGCCAUCGCCGGCGGCUCCCGGUGGGCGCGGGGCCGCGCCAUGGCGGCGGUGCGCUGCUGGCCGCUCUGGCUGCCGGCUUUGGCGCUGGCGUGGGGCUGCGCCGGGAUGGUGGCCGCUUCCUUCGCCACCGCCACUCCGCCGGUACUGGUGCAGGCCUGUUCAGAGUUUUCCUAUAGGUCCUGUGAAGAAUGUCUAAAAAAUGUUUCGUGCCUUUGGUGUUACACCAACAACACCUGUAUUGAUUAUCCUGUAAGAAGCAUUCUUCCAUCAUCUUCAUUAUGUUCGCUCUCAAAUGCUCGAUGGGGAGUUUGCUGGAUUAACUUUGAGGCUUUGAUUAUUGCCAUAGCUGUAAUAGCUGGGCUCAUUCUGGUGUCCAUAGCUGUCUGUUGCUGUUACUGCUGUUACUGCAGAAAGCGUUCCAAGAGUAGACGAGAUGACGAAGAGGAACAGUUAGCUAGAAAGAGAGAGGAACGAAGACUACAGUCUCUUCAGAGGAGACAUGAAAGAAAACAGAAGCAUGAUGAAAUACGUAAGAAGUAUGGUCUUCUCCAGGAUUCUGAUAAUCCAUAUAGCAGAUUUGAGAAUGAAUAAAGCUGAGCACAUUCCACUAGACAUAUAGCUCCAGAAUACAAGGAGACUUUUUUUGUUUUCAUUUGCCCUUUGAGAUCUCUUUUUCCAAAGAUUGUUUUCCUUUUAUCUCCCCCACUCCCAGUUUUAAAACUAGCUGUGGAUGAGGACUGCACGAAAUACAUCUUUUACCUAUAUAGAAUGAUUUUUUUAUAAAUGCUUUUGGUUGUUGAAAUGUUUGCUUAUAUUGACAUUUGUGUGAAACAUUACCUUUCCUCCUCUGUCUUUUGUUACCUUAUUUAGAUGGUUUACAGUCAUGAUCAUGUAUUUGAAUUCAGUCUUAACUGCCGCUUAAACAGUUGUUCCUGUGUUCCUAAAUAAAGAUUUUUUCCUUACUGUAUCCCUUGUAUAAAAAUAAAAGGCAACAAGGAAGCAUAGCUUCACAGCAGAAAUAGCUCAUGUUGGUAUUGAGGAGGAACUACAACAUGCACAUUCUUAUGUGUUAUCAUAGAAUGAGGAGUGUUUUAUUCCUCCCCCCUCUGGAAAAAGAGGAAAGACUAAUGUGUAAGGGUUGAGUGAGGGGAACAUCUAUGUGUUUGAGUAAUUAAAUGCAGUAACGGAAAUGUUAAUGUAUACUUUGACUAUAUUGCUGAUUUUGAAAAAGAAAUUGCACAGCAAUAUUGGCAAGACCUACAUUUGGUAAAAAUGUACCAAACCUGAUGAUCGACUAGAUGAACAUGUACCUAACUUUAACUUUGUGAACACUUUCUUUUGUAAGCUUAGUGUUUAAAAAGUAAAAAUCAAAUGUUACCAACAUUCUGCAGUUUGUAAUAGAGUAAGUGUGGUGGGUUGACCCCUGCCAGCAGCUAACACCACCCAGACACUUGCUCCUUCAAAGUGAAGGGAUGAGAGAAUGGGAACAGCAAAAGUGAGAAAACCCAUAUGUCAAGAUUAAGAUGGUUUAGUAAGUGAAGGAAAUGGGAGGAGGAAGAAAAAGCCAAAACCAAGUGCUGUGAUCACCACCUCCCUGAAGCAGACCUCAGCCCAGCCAGUUUCUGGGCACUGACCAGCUCCCACCAAAACACCUUCUUCCCUUUUUAGUGCUGAGUAUAAUGUUGCAUGGCAUGGCAAAUUGCUUUGGUCAGGUCGGGUCAGCUGUCCCAGCUGUGUCUUCUCCCAGCUUCUUGCAGAGCCCUGGCCUAUUUCCUGGUGGGGGCAGAGUGGGGAGAAUGAGAACUUUGACGUUAUGCAAGCACUGCUCAGCAAAGGCCAAAGAACUGGUGUGUUAGCAACUCGUUUUAGCCACCAAUACAAAGCACGGUGCCAUGGAGGCCAUACUGUGAAGAAUGUUAAGUGCAUCCCAGCCAGACCCAGCACAGUAAGAAAGUGUUUGUUUUUUAACCUUUUAUUCUUUUCCAUAAUGUGAUUCAUUUCCUCUCUAUUUUCCUAGAGGUGUUUCGUUGAGCAUUUUUACUAGCUUACCAGUGUAAUGCAACAAGCAAGGAGCUUGUAAGGUUUAAAUAACCUCUCUGUGUAUUAUCCAUUAAAUAAAUGUACAGUAUUGAAUAUAUUCAUGUUAUUUUUAUCAAUGUUCUUAAAAUAAAUGCUUUAACAUCCUUAA